GCCCCGCAUCCAUCCCGCGCUGAUCAGUGACGUAUAAUCCGCGCGACCUCCCCGGAAGUACGUCAUGAGGGAAGAUGGCGGCGUGCAGGGCUGAUCCUGGCAACGUGACUUGGUGACGGUGAGCGGCCGGUGAGGCCGGGACUGCGGGACUGGAUCUGGGUUGGGGGGGAAAAAUAAAUAUAUAUACAUAUAUAUAUUUUUUUCUAUCUUGUAAAAGAGAAGAUGUCUGGAUACAAACCUGUCGCUGUCCCAUCUUACCCUAAGCUUGGAGAAAAGAUAACACAGGAUACACUAUACUGGAAGCAUUACAAGACUCCUGUCCAGAUUAAAGAAUUUGGAGCUGUAACCAAAAUAGACUUUUCUCCUGUUCAGCCUUGUAAUUAUGCAGUUACAGCAUCUACACGGAUUCACAUCUAUGGACAGUACUCUCAGGAGCCUAUAAAAACCUUCUCCCGCUUUAAAGACGCUGCUUAUUGUGGGACAUACAGGGGCGAUGGGAGAUUGCUCGCCGCUGGCUGUGAAGAUAGCGUGGUGCAGCUCUUUGACAUCAAUGGCAAGGCUGCUCUGAGACAGUUUUCCGGACACAGCAAAGCUGUGCAUUUUGUGGACUUCACUUCAGACAAGUUUCGUAUUGUGUCCGGCUCAGAUGACUACACAUCUAAGGUCUGGGACAUCCCCAAUGGCACUGAAAUCUCUAACUACAAAGAGCACACAGACUACGUGCGUUGCGGCUGCGCUAGUAAACUCAAUGAUGAUCUGUUUGUUACGGGCUCCUAUGAUCAUACUAUAAAAGUGUUUGAUGCACGGACAGAGAAGAGUGUGAUGACCAUGGAACAUGAGCAACCGGUGGAGAGUGUCCUACUCUUCCCAUCUGGGGGGCUUCUUGUAUCUGCAGGAGGUAGAUAUGUCAAAGUAUGGGACCUACUGAAAGGUGGACAGUUACUGGUGUCAUUAAAAAACCAUCACAAAACCGUGACCAGUCUGUGCCUGAGCAGCUCCGGUCAGAGGUUGCUGUCUGGAUCAUUAGACAGGCAUGUGAAGAUCUACAGCACUAUGAACUACAAAGUAGUUCAUAGUUUUGAUUAUGCAGCCUCACUCUUGAGCCUUGCGUUGGCGCCUGAUGACGAGAUGAUUGUUGUGGGAAUGACCAAUGGGGUGUUGAAUGUCAAAUAUCGGAAGCACGAGGAAAAGAAGCAGCCGUCAAAGCGACAUCCCAGAUACAGAAUGUUUGUGAAAGGCAAGGACUACAUGGCAAAACAGGAUGACAUAUUCAUCAGCAAACCAGUAAGACAGCACAUGAAGAAAUAUGACAAGCAGCUCAGGGGGUUCCAGGUGUCGGCAGCUCUUGAUACUGUGCUAGAGACUGAUAUUACUGCCAGAACUCCGGAGGUGACAGUGGCGGUGAUGAAUGAAAUUAACCGAAGAGGAACCCUUAAAAAUGCUCUUGCAGGGAGGGAUGAGAAGCAGCUGAGCACCAUACUCACCUUCCUUAUAAAGCGCGUGGUGGAACCCCGGUUUGCCCCAAUGUUGGUAAAUGUAGCAGAAAAUGUUUUAGAUAUCUAUUCUUCUGUCAUCAACCAAUCUCCUAUAGUCGAUAAACUGUUCUUACGGCUCCAAGAUACCUUAGAGAAAGAGAUCAGCUACCAAGAAGAGCUCCUUGAAGUUUUGGGGAUGAUGGACACCCUCUUUGCAACUAUGGCAAGCAAAAUAGAAACUGUUUCAGGAGAGACCAAGUCAAUAAGUAUCCCAGAUCAAAAGACCAGAAAAUCCUCACUGUAACCUGGCACUUGCCGGUGGACAUCUGACCUUUUAUCACUUCGUAAUAUAUUUUUUAUAUGGGGUCAUCUGUUCUACAGCAAAGGUUGGGAUUCUAUAACAGACCGUUGGCCAGUUCCGUGAUCUUAACUGUUGCAGAGGACUCAAUCAAGGAUGUUAGUUCAUGGACUUUUUUUAAAGAAAGUGUUUGUGAUUGCAUAAAUUUUACAUGAACUCCUGUCAGGUGCUUGAUCUGUGCCAACCACUGGCAAAGCUCAUUGUCCAGCCACUUAAUUCCCUUUUGUAGUUUUGGUUACUGCUGUAUUCUGCUGACUCACCGACCCAUAGUUGUAGGAGCCCGUCUGUCUUGAGAUGUUAUUUUGGAACAUAGGAGGUGGGGUGUUGUGAUCCUGUGCUCUGGUUGAGUUCUUUUUCUUUAAAUGGAAAGACAGAGCUUGGCAAUCUGUUAUCUGCGUUCACCUGGCAAAGAAUGAAAUAAGACAAAGCCAUAUAGAGAUGUCUGCAUUUACACAGCUCUCAUAAUAUCAGUACUUAGGACAGGUUUCUGGAUUAUUGGCUCAUAUAUCUAUUAACAUUCCUAGUAGUUCAGCUACAGUGCUUGCAACAUAUUAUCAGGCUGAUUUAUGACCUGACUGGUAAAUCUGGGACCCAUGACCUUCCUGUUGCCCCAACAUAGUAGCAAGAGAAUUUGUGAUUGGGUGAAAUCCAAUGGUCCUGCACCUUUUUCUUAAAAUGUUACCAGAUACUGAUGCCUAGAGAAUAGCAAAAUAAAGGGGCAAUUCAGAUGGCCUCAAGGUUCCAUAGUAGCCUUGCUGGUUACGUUUCUGCUCACAAUCUUGUACUUCAUGAGGUUCAAGUAAAAAUGAGUAAAGGUCAUUAACCAAAGCAUCACAUGGGGACAUAACCUGAAAGGCUAUUUCGAAAACUUGUGUGCAGCUUAAAUGCCCUCUAAGUGUCUCUGAGUUGGUAACAGCAGCGAAGCCAUCAAAGCAAAUGCCACCAUUCUGGUAGGCUGGAUUGUUGUGGCCUUUCUCACAAUAUUAAUAAUAAAAAAGAUAAAACCUGAACAAAAAUAUAUUUUAUGAGUUGAAUUAAGAGUGGGUGCCCAUUUGCUGCAGUUGCUCUGCGUGAAUAAAGAAACACUGGUCUUUACUGAGUAA